ACAUAACUAUUGGAGACAGUCCGCCCAUGGAAACUCCGGCCAAGCGGACGGCGGCACACGGCGCAUUGGAUCCGAAACGCCUGUUGCUAAGCGUCAGACGUCAACCGAUGAAGACGCCACUAACCAAGAAGACACCAAGAUCUCGGAGGGGUAAGCGGGGAGCGAAGAAGGUGCCGGCGUCACCCGACAUGAUGGGGAAACUAAUGUUUAUUACCGACAAUAUCCGUGAUUUGGGAGAACGUAACAUUCAGGAACUGAAGCACAUCUGCAGAGAGGAGAGUGUCCCUUUCGAAGGGCUGAAGAAAAUGAAUAUGAUUCUGGCAAUUACGGAGAAGCGAUCGAAUGCGGCGUUCAACACGGAGGUGGGAAAUGUUGCAACUACGGAGGCAACGGGCGAGGAGUUGGAGGCGAACAAGCAUGAAGAACAAGUUGAGGAGGAAGCAGCGAGCGAGGAGGAUUCGGAGAACUGAACAACUGAAGAGUACUGGAGACUGUGUAGAGCGCUCAUAGGCGUU